CGCUCUUGACUUUUAGUGCUCAAAUGAAAGGGGGAGCAUAGUAGAAUAGUUUUACUACUUCAAUAUUCUCGCUUGGACUGUGAGUUGCGAAGGUCAAUUUCAUUUGUAAAAAAAUGCAGAAAGACACUAGAGUUGAAGAUAUUCCGGAGAUUCCAUUCAUGGAUUUUAUUUUUAAAGAUUUUGAUGAGAAAAUUGAAAGUUUUCAAGACCGCCCGUGGAUUGUGGAUGUUCCAUCCGGAAAAACGGUGACCUUUGGUCAGGUCAAGAAUGACGCGAUUAAAGUUGCCAGCAGUCUUGCUAGAAGAGGCUUCAAGCAAGGCGACACGCUUUACUUUGUGACAUAUGAAAUGGCAGAACUGUUUUUGGUAAAAAUCGGUGUUUGGUUGUUGGGCGGCGUGGUGCGAGGGUGCUAUCAAAGAGAAAUCGCUGAUGUCUAUGCGGAUCAGAUAAAAGGAAGCUUGGCAAAGUUCGUACUGGUGGAUUCAGAUACCAUUAGAGUAAUUCACGCUGCUUUGGAGUCAGUUGACUUUGAUGUAUGUCUGAUAAGCUUGGGAAAAGAACCUAUUCCAGGCACUUCCCACCUUUCAAAAUUGCUUGCCGAUGAUGACUCAGCAUUUCAAAAACCUGAAAACAUCAACAUUAAAGAGGAUAUGGUUGCGGUCAUAAACACAAGUGGAUCAACAGGAUACCCUAAAGGUGUGGUGCACACACACUACUCAUGUGUUGGUUUCAUUACAAAUCUCGGGUACAUGAGGACAGAGAGCACACUUCUUGAGUUCUUAAGUAAUUAUGGAAUAGGGGCUUUUGGUAUGGUGAUGCACGCUCUAAAAACUGGAAAAACCAUUUACCAUAUUAAUAAAUUUGAUCGGUCCCAAUACUGCCAACAAAUAUUAAAAUACAAGCCGGAAAGCCUACUGAUAUAUCCCUUUGUGGCCAAUUGGUUUGCUCAGUGUGAAAGAGAACUAAAAAAUUUGAGGUCAAAAAAUUUCAUAAACAUGGUUAUGAUUGGUGGCUGGGUACUCGAUUGUGCAACAGCAGACAAGAUCAGUGAUGAAUUGCCAAAUGCCCAUCUCCAGCAGAAUUAUGGUAUGACAGAAAUUCUUUUUGCAACUUGCACCAAGAUUACCGAGAAACCGGAAAAGUUUGAGCGCUGCAUAGUUGAAGGUCAGAGAGUUACAUCAUCCGGACAUUUCAUGCCAAAAUAUGAAGGAAAAGUUUUGGACCUGUCAACAGGAAAAGAGUUGGGCCCUCUUGAAGUAGGUGAGUUGUACAUCCGAUCACCUUGCAUCACAACAGGAUACUUGAAACCUGGCAAUCAGGUUGAUUCACCAAUAGACAAAGACGGCUGGUUUCAAACAGGAGAUUUAGGAUUUAUGGAUGCAAAAGGGAACGUUUACAUCAAGGACAGAGUUAAAUUUUCCUAUAAAUACUUUUCAGCGUUUAUAUUGCCAACUGAAAUUGAAGCUGCACUGCAAGAGCACCCUGAUGUACAAGAAGCGGGCGUUGUGGGAAUUCCUAACUUAGAUACCAUUAACAUUUCAAGGGCUCUGGUUGUGCUAAAACCCGGACGAAAAUGCAGCGCAAAGGAGCUGUGCAAAUUCGUGGCCGACAGACUUCCUACGCACAAGCAACUUCACGGGGGAGUUCACUUUGUCGAGAAGCUUCCCAUGAAUAGGGGAGGAAAAUUGGACAGGAAGACCCUUAAAGAUUUAGCCCUUUCAGUCGUUUGAAAGGUUCAAUUAAAACACACAUGCUAUAUGUUAGCCGUUAUUAGCAACGAAUAAAAUAACGCCUCAAAAAUAUUUUGAAUGUUUGUGCAACUCAACCAUAUUUUGCAUGAAAUGAAAGAAUUAAACUUUUAUUAUUACUUGUAAUAAAAUGUUUAAUUGGUGUGGUUCCAUAAUAAAAUAAUAA